AUGCCUCCCCCACAUGGUUCGACCAUCUCCUCGGGCCCCGACAAAGCCCUCGCACGGAACAUCGCCGAAGCAAACCUCUUCCUCUGCAAGGUCAACCUCCGCACAUUCCAAGACACCUUCGCCUGGGCCGACCUCGCCGCCGCCUUCCGCCACGGCGAGGCCAGCGCCAGGCUCGGGUUGUUCGGCACAGCGUCUUACAUGGCUGUAUCCAAGAUCAAGAAGUUCGUCCUCGCGCAGAUCCACAUCGGAGACCGCAUGUCGGGCCCGCCACCAGAUACUGGACUACCGCCCAUUACGAGCGCGCAGGAUGCGGCUUAUGUGGACGAGAUACUGUGGUGCUUGACACUGGCGAAGGGUGCGGCGCCGAGUGCCCAUUAUGAAGACGAUUCGGACGAUGAGAGCGACGAGGACGUGCUAGCUUGUGGUAGGCCGGGGUGCGAUAACACGACUACUACGCCGAGCGACUUCAAGCGCUGCGGUGGGAAGUGUCCGAUGCAUCUCAAGCCGUACUACUGCUCCAAGGAGUGUCAGAAACAGGACUGGCAGCGUCACAAAGCCGAAUGUCGACGCCUCGACGCGUCUGAGGAGAAGCACAUCACGUUCACAACGCUCCAAGGCAAACAAGCCGAGCUCGACCUCUCCGGCCUGAAGAACAGCAAGGUCGAAGUGGCAAAGCAUGUCGCGGGGAGCUACGACUUUGUGCGCAAAGACAAGCGCGUCCCUCCCAGCCUUGCCGCCUUCUUCGGGGAGAUGGAGGCGGCUGCUAGCGAGAAUAAGAACGGACAGACGCCCGAGGAGUUCGUAAGGAUGAUAGAGAAGUGGCCGAAGCACUUUGUGUUGCCUCAUCACUGA